AUGUCAAACAACGAAAAUGAAAAUUUGAGGCAACAGAAUGCCAAAGUUAUUCAGUUGGGCUUUAAUAUAUCAGUGUCGGGGGAUCCUGAUACUGAUCUACAAGUUUUUCUGGAUGAUAAAAUGCAAGAAAGAACAAAUCAGUCUAGUAAAAGUGAUGAAUAUAAUUCCAAGUUAUCAGAUGAUUACAAAUUGCAAAAGUCUUUAACAUAUGAACCAAACCAAGAGACUGAAAAGCCUAACAAAACAACAAUCAAAAAAGUUAAAUCUACAGAUUCGAGCGUUUCUAAAUACAGCACUCCUUCUGAUCCAUUAUCGGCACAUGAAUCAGGUUCUAGUAUUUAUAAAAAUCCUGAUUCAUCCAGUUAUAGAGAUACAAGUCUCAUAAGUGAAAUUAAAAAUACUAUGGAACAUUUUGAAAAGUUUUCAGAUCAUAUAAAAGAAGUUCGAAAGAUAAAAAGUGAACCUUUGGCAAGCAGCACACCUUUCUCAGAUAGACUAAAUUCAAAAUCUGAGCCAAGUUUAAUUUUUCCUGAAAGAAGAAGGAGAAGGUUCACACAUUAUUAUGAUUUUAGCAGCAGCAAAGAAAUAAUAAAACCUGCGACAAAUGAUUUGUUUUUAAAACCCCUACCUGGGAAAAGUUUUUAUUGUAGAGGUAUGUCGAGAAGGUAUUACGAUUAUGAACCUUAUAAAAUUUAUGGUUCUGUCGAUAGUUUGUCUAAAUCUUGUUACCCGAAAACAUUCGACGAUUGGAAAUCGAGUUUUGAUGAUGAUAAAUAUGAGGCAUCAUAUGAAAAACCUAGUGGGAUAUUGAAAAAAUUAGAUACUGAAAGUGGUGAUAAACAAAGUACAUCAUCAGGAGACAGUGUUCAAGAUAUUAAAAUAUAUCACAAUGGUGGAAUUUUAAUUAUGCAAAAUUUUAAAGAUAAUUUCGAUGUUAUGGAUAAAAAAACUAUGAGUGAAUACAGCACAAAGUUAAUUGAAAAUUGUAAUCAGUUAAAAAAGGAAAUAACAACCUUUCCCGAGGGUUAUGAUAAAUCCAUUCCUGGAAAUUCAUCAGAAGAAAGUAAAACUUCUGGAAAAAUGGUUCAGUUUGAUUUAAUCGGAAGUAAUCAUUCGAAAAACAAAUCAGGAUAUUCACAAACUUUUACUUAUAAGGAUGAUUCACAGAAUAGAAGUGAAUCAGGAAGGGAUUCAUCAUUAAAAAAUAAUGGCUACGGACAAGAUUAUCCUUCGUUAUCGACUCAAGAAAACGAUUCGUUAGCAUCGAAUCCAUUGGGAAUGUCUCCGGGAGCGAGUAGUAAAAAAUUAGAAUGGGAUAGUGGAGCAGACGUCGGGUAUUUGAAUUUAGAUUUAUCUAAAGAAAAUUUAAGCACGAUAGAAAAAAUCGUUUUAAAGGGACUGAGCAGUGAUGGAGACAUUGAGGAGAAAAAUGUUAUUUUCGAAAAGAAAAUUAUAGAAAAUUAUUCAUCGCCGAAUGAUAAUUCUAAAAACGUUAUUUUAAAAUCUUCGAAAAUCAAUCAAGAAAAUCGAAUCAAUCAAUCUUCGAAAGAAAAUCAAUUGAAGGAAAAAAAAACAAAUUUAGUCAUAAGAAAUUUAAAUUUCGAAAAAAUGAAAAAUGAUUCGAAAAGAAAAUGUGAAAAUUUGUCGAAAACUUUAGACGAUGUGAAAAAAUCGGGUGAAAAUUCUAAAAGACUAAGUAAUUCGGCUCCAGUCGAAUCGGUUGAUAAAGGUAUCAGUGUGAAUACCUUAUUCGAUGAUGAAAACAACCACGAUUUUAAAAUCAUUCCUGAAUCAUCUUGUAUGACUCAGACAAAAGUAAGAUCAUCCAAAAUAUCUCAAAAGGUCAAGAGGUUGAAGAAUAAAAUAAAGGAUCAUCAAAGGAAUACCAGUUACGGAGUUCAUUUAAAGGAUAUUGCCAGGAUUCAAUCGCCGGGUAAACAACCCACAUCGAAAAUGGGCGUGGCAAAAAAAAAAAUUCGUCAAAAAAAUGAAUCGAAACCGGAAAUGGAAGAAUUGGAACAAAGUCGAGAGGUCGAAGAAAUAAUUGUAGAUCAAGGGUUUAAAGUACUGAAAGAAAAUUUACCCGUUUUGAAAAAAGAUGAUGGCGGAGGAGAGCCGGCGGUGACGAAAAGACCGAUUUCCGGGUCUUCGAGUUCGGGUAAUACGGUUUUACAAAACGAUGAAACUAAGUAUAAAAGUCAAGUGGUGCAAACGAACGGAUUCGAAAUGGAAUCGGUCGGCGUUCAAGCUUUUUCAUCUCGAAAAUCCACAAUUCGUAAAGAUUCGAAAUCCAUUACUCGUGCCGAAGAGGAAGAAGAAAAAAAGAAAAGGAAAGCAGAGCACUCGAACGGCGGUCACAGUUCGAAAAACAUUCAAGCUUUCGGUAUAAAUUCAUCGUUACCCAGAGAAUUGGCUCAUCCGAAGGAAAGGAUUAAUAUUAGAGAGAGUCAGAAUGAAAAAAGCACUCAAUAUUUUGGGGGGCCGAUCAAUUCUUUGCCUAAUUAUCAUUCUCCUCUACAAAUAAAACCCAUCGAAACAUGCGGUAGAGAUUUUAUACAAAAAAGGAAGAUGGGAAGUAAAAAAAUGGCAUCUCCCGAAUCGACGGAUUCGAAUGGGAAAAGGGAAAAAGACAAAAUGGUUAAAAAUGGUAAAAAAUCGAUCGUCGGGACGGAUGAUUGUAAAGAAAAUAUUAGGAGCGUCGAAAACAAGGAAAAUGUGGCAAUGGUUGAAAGAAAAGCGGAAAAUUCCACGAAGCAGAAAAAUUUGAGCGGUUCCGAACUUACAAAAACGUCACAAAUAUCAACGAAAAAUCAAAUCGGAAGCGAUUCGGAAUUUUACGUGAAAAGUAAAAAUAGAAAAAAUACGGAAACGAGUUCGACGGGAUCCGACAGGAUUCUUUCCCUGAAAUCGUUGACGAGCGAAAUACUCAAAGAACACUACUACGAUAGCAUCGAUAAAAAUCUAAUACAAGAAAAAUAUUUUCAAAGUCAACUCGUGGAAAUAGAAAAAAGAAAAGUAAUGAUAUCUAAAACCACGUCGGAUGAUGAUGAUGAUGAUGAUAAAAAAAAAAAAAAAAUAUCCGUCACCGUUGGGUGUCAGUAUAGUUUACCAUCAUCGUCAAGGGAUGAUGAUGGUGAUGGUAAAAAUAACGAAGAAGAAGGAAAAAGUCAUGACACGAGUAGCAGUUCAGAAGGGAAAACAAUAGAGAAAGAAGAUAAUAUGGCAGACAAAGAUGAUUUAAACGUUUCGAAAGGUACAAAUCGAGAAGGAGACUACGAAACGGGUCAAAGUUCCCCAGGGAGUACAACUCAGACUGCUAACAGUUGGGUACCCGUGCCGGAAGGGAAUAAUCAACACGUUACAAACGUCGUGGGUAGAACGACGAGUUUCGAGUAUCUUCCGGGACACGUUUACGAAAGGAACGGGAACGGGAUUGGGAAGAAAAUCCCGAAGGAUGGGGAAAAAAAUACAAUUCCGACAUCGGAAUUGACGUCGUCGUCGGAUGACGUAACACGAGAAGAAUCGACGGAUCGAUUGUUUGAAGAUGACGACGGAAACGGAAACGGAAACGAUGAUGAUGAUAAUAAUUCAGAAGGUAGAAAAACUUUGGUGUUAGACAAUUUGAAUGAUGACGUUUUAUGCGGCGAAUCCUCCUUUCCCCUCAAAAAUUUGGAUGAAAAUUUGACGAUGUUAAAUAUCGUCGUGACAAAAUUGAAAGAAAAAGAUGAACAAAUACAAAAAGUUGCCCAAACUCUUUUGGUUAAUAUAAACGGAAGAGAAAAAAAAAAACAAAAAAAUUGCGGAGAUGGCGUUGACGAUAUAGAAUCGAAAGAUUAUGUGGAAACGGAAAAAAUCGUCGUGAUUGGUGAAAAUGAAAGAGAAUUUAAUGAGAAGGAAAAUGAGAAAAAGAAAAUUGAAAAGGAAAGACGUGAUGAUGAUGAUGAUGAUAAUGAUGAUACGUCAGUACCGUGUUGUCAAACAGAUGAUAAAUCUUCGGGUUUUUCGACCGUCGGAAAAUAUAAAGGAGAAAAAAAAAAAUUAUCGGAAAAUAAAAAAAUAACAACAAACGAUAAAGAAAAUCAAAUCAAGUGGAUUGAAAAAGAAAUUUGUCAUUUGAAAAUAUUAAGAGAGCUUCUCGAAAAGCAAAAUAAUUCUUCUUCUUCUUCUACGGGUCGAAGAAAAAGACGUUCGAAUCUCACUCUAUUAUCAAUAAAUUCAUCAUCGAAAAACUAUGAUAAAAAUCAUUUGAACUUAUCGAAAAUGUUUCCUCCACAAUCGAAAAAUUCUUCGGCCAUGGAUAAAAAUUCGGAGUCGGUGCCGCAAGAAUACGAGUUAAUUAAAAACGAACCGAAUUUCGAAGAAAAUGUCAAAUACGGUAUGACCGUGUCUUUGAGAGGAGGAUUGAGAAAAGUCGUUUUGCUUCCCGUCAACGUUCAGGUUUCGUUAAAAGAUACGGAUAUGCGUAAGGAAUGCAUUUACAAUCGCGAAAAUCGUUGUUCUCUACACAGAAACGUCACGACGAUAAUGUCGGGUUCGGAAGCGACGGACGCGAAAUCGAAACAACCCUACUGGUACGGUAGAGAACAUCAAACGGAUGUGACGACUCAAUAUCCGAGCGUAAGAAGAAACGCGGAUAAUUAUCCAUCGACAUCCGUUCAAAUGAAUUUUCCAUCUCCGAAACAAUGCAGUUUCGAUGAACCUGAAAAAAUAUCCGUCGAAUCGAAAACGGGAAUGAAAUCCACCGUCACGGAUUUCGUAAACUUGGAUAAUUUUUCAAAGAUGAACAAUCAAUCGAGGUGGCACGAUUGCCCCUGCAAAACCCCUCCCUAUUCCACGUUUCCCAAUUUUCCCAAAAAAAAAACCGCACCGAAUUGUGGGUGUUGUUUGAUGAGCGAGGAACAAGAUGGAACGUCGAUCGACGUGAAAAAAUCUGCAAAAUUUAUAUGCAACAAUCGGUGCGAAGACAUUUCGUACAUGAAUUAUUCUAAAACGACCGACGGGAGUCACCGCGAGGAAAGAAAAACACCAAAACGGUGCACGUGUCCCGUCGUCAAAGUACACGGAAUGGAAUGUAACGUUUCGGACGUCGUCGAAAAAGGAAAAAUCCCGUCGGAAAAGGAAAGACGAAAGGAAAAUCAAAUUUGUCAAACGGAUGAAGUCGUGGAGAAAAAAGAAAACGUCGUCAACGAUUUGGAAAUAAUUAAAAAAAAACGGGAAAUCGUUUAUCCGGCGGAAGUGAAGACUGCCGUCGAAAUGAGGAAUUCGUCGGAGUACAAAUCUCCCGUUUUGGAAAAAUUUCCGCGGGAGACGAUGUUGAGCGGAAAAACGAGGUCCGAUUCAUACAAUCCGUGCGAAAAAAUAAUUCGGACGGGAUCUUACUCCCCGUGCUCGAAACAGGAACGAGACAACAAUUCUUAUGCCGACCGAAGAAAUAAAUGGGAGUCUUACGAGGAACCGGAAGUGAGAAAAAGCGAAAAAGUUUUAAAACACGAAAUCGGAGUCAACACGUCCGCGAUGGGAAAUUGUUGUCGAUGUGAAAAAAAGGAGAAAAGAUCAAGCGGAAGCGAUCAUCCGAGACAUUAUUUUUUAAAAAUAGAAGAAACGGAAAUGAUCGAUGAUAACGACUCGACGAUGGAAAGGAGAAAAUCGUUAGAGGUUAUCACGGUGACGGUGCCUGUGAAAAAAGCAGGUCACGCCAAAAUCUACGGUAAUCGUUUAAAACAAUCGUCCGGAAGUAGAUCGAGUAAGCAGACGUCAUCGAAGGCUAAUAAAUCGGACGCGUGUAAUUUUUGCGAAGAAUGUUUGGGACGAAUAUGUCGGAAAAUAACAGAAGAAUGUAAAAAUCAAAUAAUGGAAGAAAGUAAGAAAAAGAUAAAAUGUGAAAAACUCGAAAGUCGGAGUAAGAAAACGGAUUUGGACGUCGUCGAGAACGAGGACGACGACGACGACGACGACGACGAGUACGACGAUGCCACCGCCGUCGACAAAAGCGUCGAUGGAAAUUUCCAGAGAAAUUCUUGCGACGACAUUCAAGUCAUCGCUGAUGUUUAUUCUCGCGACGCUAAAAAUUCAUCCCUUAAAAGCAAUAAUCGUUUGGAUCGUUUGAAAUCGGAUUCGUAUUUUGAUGCGUCACGUGACUCAUACUACUCGCAAAAUUCAAAAAGGGAAAGUUUCGAUACGGUGCCUUGCAGGGAUUACGACGACACAUACGUGGACAAAAAAUUGACCGAGGAUUGCAUUUAUUUGGGUAAAAAUUCAAAGGAAAGCGAGAGGAGUGGGAAAAAUUUAGAAUUUUACAAUGACAAAUUGAAAAGUUGCGAUUCGUCGUCGUACCCGCAAUUCGUCGGUCACGGUUCGGAAUCAACGUUUGAAAAACCCGGUUCGAAAAUGUACGAUUGUUCCUGUUGCGAUUGCGAUUAUUAUAAUUACGACAAGAGAGAAUACAAGACGAAAUCCGAAUUGAAAAAAGAAGAAGGAGAAAAAAAGAAAAAGAAAAAAGUUCAUCAACCUUCUCUAAAGGAAUAUUUAGAGAGCAACCGUCCGGAUUUUUGCAACAGCGCAGAAAACAGACGACGGAUAAUAACGGAAAGAGCGAGAAACAGAAUAAAAAGGCACAACAACAAAAUGGAAUGUCUUAUUAAUUUAAUUAAUCAAUGCAGUAAAGUGGAUUCGUCAAACGUUCACGGUAGCGGAACGAAACGCAUAUUCACGACGUCGCAAAUGAAAGAGCAAACGAUGAAAAAGUAUCGUCACCUUCCGGAAGUGACGGGAAAAAUAGAAGACAAGAAGAAAAAGGACGAAUACAAAACGAAUAAACUCAUAGCGGACAUAUUUGCUAAAAAAUUGCAGCAGAAAGCUCUCAAAGGUCAUGUAAAUUUAUCUAAUAGCAUUUCCGUUUUAUCCACAAUAUAA